AAAUGAGCAAAAAGUGAACAAAAAAGUGAAAAGUAAGAAAGAGUGAGUGUUAAAAAAUGCUGCAGUGAACCUUUUGAAAAAAUUUCAAAAACAACACCAACUAAUCAAAAUAUAAAUCUACAACAACAGAAGCAACAACACAGAGAGACAAGUGUUGUUGUCCCAUGUAUUUGUUGAUGCCAUGCAAUUGAUUGUUGACAAAAUUCCCAUGUAUUCCAAACAAACAACGAAGCGCAAUUCCAAAAAGUAAGUUUCAAGAACCUCUGAAAAUCUAAAAAAAAAAAAAAAGCACAAAAAACAAACAGUGAAAAGUGUUCAAACCAAAGCAAACAAACAAACACAGUUAAAAAACCCUUCAAGUGAACUGAUAAAUUGAUAACAGCGGCAAAAGAGACAGCAACAAGCCGGAGGAAAAGAGAUAGCGUUCCACAGCUGCUGCUGUCGCUUCUUCUUCUUCUUCACGUGGUGCACCUGUCCCACCCAAAAACAACAACAAAAGACAACAACAACUUUAACAACGAACAACAACAAUUAAUACACCACGCGCUGUUGCCAUAAAACCCAAAAGAAAAAGAAAACUUAGGAAAAAUGAUGAAAUGAACCAGCAGGCGGGCUCCUCAAGGGCGCCAGCCACCGGGGGCCAAAUCUCACCGCCAGGUGCCACAACAGUCGGCGUGGACCAGCAGCAACAGUUGCAGCAGCAGCAGCAGCAGCAGUACUACAACCAGCAGCAGCAACAGCAACAGUACCAGCAGCAACAUCAGCGCGACAAUUUUCUGGCCUACCAGCAGCAGCAACAACAGCAGCAGCAGCAGCAACACCAGCGAUCCGCAGUGGGUGGCGGCGGUAACUUUAUGCUGGGCAAUGACCUUGUCGGCGGCGACAGCCUGCGCAGCCUGAACAACACUUUUGGUCCCAACUCGGAGUUCACGGCCCUCGGAGGCGCCACCAGCUCGGCAUCGGCCUCGCUGGGCGGAUUGGGCAACACCGGCGGUCAGGGGUACACGGGCAUGGUUGCUGCCAGCCAGCAACACCAGCAGCAGCAGCAACACCACCAGCAACAGCACCACCAACAGCAGCAACACAUGUCCAGCAUGGACGCCAUGGGCGGUUACAGUCAGAUGGGUGGCGGCAUGCACCCUGGACCGAACAGCGGUAUGAUGGGCAACAUGAACGCCCAGUACAUGAACGGCGGUUCCGGCCAAGGCGGCUAUAAUGGCAGCCAGGGAAUGGGAAUGGGCUACGGCGGAGGUGGCAACAUCGGACCACAGAGGCAUCAUCAAAUGACGCCCAUGAACCAGAUGCAGAACAUGUCUAUGGGCCCCGGAGUCGGCGGAAGUGGCGGCAUGGGCGGCGGCAUGAAUCCCCUGCAGCAACAGGCGGCGCAGCAGCAGAUGGGCGGCAUGAACCCGAUGGCCAAGAUGCAGGGCAUGGCCAACGGGUAUCCGCAGCAGGCGCCACCCACCCUCUCGCAGCAGCAACAGCAGCAGCAGCAGCGGCGGAUGGCCCCCUAUCCGCAUCCCCAGAUGCACAUGGCCCAGAAGAGGGCGGCGGGCGGAGUGGGCGGGGCCGGAGGAAUGUACCCGGGUAAUCCGAUGCAGCAGCAGCAACAGGCGCAGAUGUACGGCGGCCAGCAGAUGCAUCCCGGCAACGGCGGCGGCGGAGUACCGCUGCCCAUGCAGGCGGGCGGAGCCGGAAACGGUUACGGACGCAGCGGACCCAUGGGCGCCGGCAACGGGGGCUACGGCCGAAUGUCCGCGGGCAAUGGCAUGGGUCCCGCCGGCGGCCCAGUGAUGGGACCCAUGGGUCCGGGUGGCAUGACGGCCGGAGGAAUGGGUCCCGGACCGGGUUGCAUGAGCCAGCAGCGCUUUAUGCCUCAAGGAUCCGGCGGGGGAGGCGGUAUGCCCUACGGCGGCGUCGGAGGAGCCGGUUCUCACCAAGGACAGUUCUAUCCGGGCAGCGGCCAGAGCGCCGGAAUGCAGCAGGCAGGUGGCAUGUGCCCGGCGGGUCCGGGAGGCGUGGCCACCACGGGCAAUCCCUACCAGAAUCAAGGUUUCCAGCAAAACUAUCAGCACAGUCCAGUUCCUGGCAAUCCAACGCCUCCGCUGACGCCCGCCUGCAGUGUGCCCUAUGUCAGCCCAAAUCCGGACAUCAAGCCAGUCAUGGACAACAGCGAAGAAAUGAGACUGACAUUCCCGGUGCGAGACGGCGUCAUCCUGGCUCCUUUCCGGCUGCUGCACAAUCUUUCGGUCAGCAACCAUGUGUUCCAUCUCAAACAGAAUGUCUACAACACGCUAAUGUGCAGAACCGACUUGGAGCUGCAGCUGAAGUGCUUCCACCAGGAUGACCGGCAAAUGAACACCAAUUGGCCGCACACCGUCACCGUUUCCGCGAAUGCCACGCCCCUGAAUAUCGAGCGGUCCGAGAAGAACAGUACCGCCCUGCGUCCGCUCUACUUGAAGGCCGUCUGUCAACCGGGAAGAAACACUCUCCAGCUGACCGCCAGUUCCUGCUGUUGUUCGCACCUGUUCGUGCUGCAGCUCGUCCAUCGACCGUCGGUGCGCCAGGUGCUGCAGACGCUGCACAAGCGCAACUUGCUGCCGCUGGAGCACAGCGUGCAGAAGAUCAAGCGCAACUUGAGCCAGCCGGAGGCGAAUCCCGGAGCGGAGGGCACGCCCCAGCAGGGCGUCCAGCAGGGCAACGGGCAGCAGUGCGCCAAGAUCUCAUUGAAGUGCCCCAUCACGAAGUCGCGGAUACGACUGCCGGCCAGGGGGCACGAGUGCAAGCACGUGCAGUGCUUCGACUUGGAGGCGUAUCUGAUGAUCAACAGCGAGCGGGGCUCGUGGCGCUGUCCGGAGUGCAGCAAGUCGGCCAUCACCGAUACGCUGGAGAUCGACCAGUACAUCUGGGCCAUACUCAACACGCUGGGCAACUCGGACGUGGACGAGGUGAUCAUCGAUUCGUCGGCCAACUGGCGGGCCUUGCAGCACAAUGGCGGCAUGCCGAACGCCCCGCCCCCCUCGAAUGUUCCUAGCAAUCCCAGCGGCGGCGGUGGCAAUGCCAGUACCGGCAACGGAAGCGGCAACCCCACCCUGCCGGCCAUCAAACAGGAACUGUGCGACGACAUCGCCAAGGUCAUGUCGCCGGGAUCCACCCAACUGCCCACCUGGGACAGUGCGCAGGCGAUGAGUCCCUACAACAUGCACGACAUGAACUCCAUUGCCAGCGGCAACAUGAUGGGCAACGGCGGCAACACCAACCAGCAUGGCAAUCGCAGCAGCUAUGACGGCUUCAGUGGCAACCACAGCGACGGCAGUGGCGGUUUGGCAGGCAGCGACGGCGGUGUCAACUCCCUCGACCAACUGAAUGCCAUGGAAAAAUCGCUCAGCGAUCAGAUGCCACACACCCCGCACACCCCCGGUGCGGCCAGCCAUCCGAUGACCCCCGGCGGACCGCCCAGCGUGAGCAGCUCCCACAACGAACCGAUCAGCGGCGGUACGCCCAACGCCAACGGCAGCGGAAGCGGCACCAACGGAAGCGGCAACAACAACAACAGCAGCACGGGCCACAACUCACCGCAGACGCCGGGCACGCCCAGUCGAAUGGGCGGUGGCGGCGGUGGGGGAAUGGGAGGCGGAGGAGCGGAUAGCCAGCAGCAGCAGCAAGAGCAGCUGCUCAACUCACUGAUGAGCAGUCAAACCCAAUUAAAGUUCACCGAAAGCGAUCUGAGCGCCGAGCUGCAAAGCUUCGAUGCGGCGGCAGCGGCCAUAAACGAUACAGCCCACGAUCUGAAUCUGCUACAAGACGUGGAUCCCAUGGAAAUCCUUUCCUAUUUGGACCCACAGCCCGAUCUUAACACUCCGCCCUCGAGUGGCAGCAGCAACAACAACGCCAGCGACGACCUUUUGGCCACGUUAUUCGACUAGGCCCAAACAGAGAAUCAAGGCCCACAGGCCCAGAGAGAGUUGGAGAAUUGAAAUGGCAGAAAUACCAUAAAUUGUAUAUAGUAUUAUUAAUUUUAAUGAAAUGUGCACUAGAAGCCAGUCGCGUACUUCAACAAA